UAUUAAUGUGCGGUGGCUUCGACGUGUCAGUUUGUUGUAAAUAAUUCGCGGAGUAAGUCACAAAUUCCAAGAGUGUCAAAACGCGCAGCGAAUCAAUACGAGACGUAAUCAACGCAAUAAACUAACUUAUCCAUACAGCAACAGCAAGCAAUUAAUAAUUAGAACCAACUACAAGAACAACUAACUGCAUCAGCAUGGCGGAAAAAGUAAAUGUUUGCAUCGUUGGCUCAGGCAACUGGGGUUCGGCCAUCGCAAAAAUUGUGGGCGCCAAUGCUUCAGCGCUGCCCGAGUUCGAGGAGCGCGUUACAAUGUUUGUCUACGAGGAGUUGAUUGAUGGCAAGAAGUUAACCGAAAUCAUCAAUGAAACGCACGAGAAUGUCAAAUACUUGAAGGGACACAAACUGCCACCAAAUGUGGUUGCUGUACCUGAUCUCGUUGAGGCUGCCAAGAAUGCCGAUAUACUGAUUUUCGUGGUGCCGCAUCAGUUUAUACCGAAUUUCUGCAAACAAUUGCUGGGCAAAAUCAAGCCAAAUGCCAUUGCCAUAUCGCUGAUCAAGGGCUUCGACAAAGCCGAAGGCGGCGGCAUUGAUCUAAUUUCGCACAUUAUCACCCGCCACUUGAAGAUACCAUGCGCUGUCCUCAUGGGAGCUAAUCUGGCCAACGAGGUGGCCGAGGGCAACUUCUGCGAGACGACAAUCGGCUGCACGGACAAAAAAUACGGCAAGGUGCUGCGUGAUCUCUUCCAGGCCAAUCACUUCCGUGUUGUGGUUGUUGAGGAUUCCGAUGCCGUUGAGGUUUGCGGUGCCCUCAAGAACAUUGUUGCCUGCGGUGCGGGCUUCGUUGAUGGUCUGAAGCUGGGCGACAACACCAAGGCAGCUGUUAUUCGUCUUGGCCUUAUGGAAAUGAUUCGUUUCGUCGAAGUCUUCUACCCUGGCAGCAAAUUGUCUACCUUCUUCGAGAGCUGCGGUGUUGCGGAUCUUAUCACAACGUGCUACGGUGGCCGCAAUCGUCGUGUCUCUGAGGCUUUUGUCACCUCUGGCAAAACAAUUGAAGAGCUGGAGAAGGAAAUGCUCAAUGGACAAAAAUUACAGGGUCCUCCCACUGCCGAGGAAGUUAACUACAUGUUGAAGAACAAGGGUCUGGAGGACAAAUUCCCUCUGUUCACCGCCAUUCACAAAAUUUGCACAAAUCAGCUUAAGCCUAAAGAUUUAAUCGAUUGCAUACGCAAUCAUCCAGAGCAUAUGCAAACUUUGUAAAAUUGUCAUGCAAUUUUUUAAACGUUUUUAUGCACCAAACAGGAGUAAUUAGGUAUUUUUCAGCACACAAACAAAUUCUACAAAUGAGUCAGUAAUACUACCCCAACCAACGACAAGAAUGUGUACAGGUUGUUAAUUUAAUUUUAAAAUCCAACGCAUAUCCAGCGAACCACAGAAACCGAAACGAACAAAAACCAAUCUUGAAGUCUGCUUUUUAUUUUAAACUUAGUUAAUAAAAGUUUAGCAAGAAAUGUGCGCAUGUACCUAAAGAAUUUUGUAAAUAUCAAAUAUGCUAUUUACAAUUUCGAAACAUAAACACAAAAGUGAACAGAAGCGAUUAAAAUGGAACAGCAAUGGUAUAUUUUUAAAUUAAAUAAAUCUAGGCAUACGGAAUUUUAUUUGCAUUACUAAAUCUUAGUGCAAUUUGAAUUUUAUGGCGUAGUCAUGAUAAAUUAUAUGUAAAAUUAAAAAUGUGUUAAAUAAAUAAAAGUCAAAAAGCUAUACGAGUCUA